AAGCGGUUGAACCUGUAAGACUUUCUUCAUAACUGCUUUCCUGUCUUCUAAUAAAGCUCUAUCCCGCCGUGCCACUCCCCAGAUCCUCCUCCAAAUGGGCGACCCCACCCAUGACUCCUCCGAUUUCCUCACCGACAAAUCGGCUAAAAUCUUUGUGGCUGGACACCGCGGUCUAGUCGGCUCGGCAAUCGUCCGUAAACUUCAAUCCCUUGGCUUCACUAAUCUUGUCCUUCGGUCCCGCUCCGAGCUCGAUCUCACUCGCCAAUUUCAUGUGGACUCCUUCUUUGCCGCCGAGAAGCCCCGAUUUGUUAUCCUAGCCGCUGCUAAAGUCGGCGGGAUCCACGCUAACAAUACGUACCCUGCCGAUUUCAUUGCUUUAAAUCUCCAGAUCCAAACUAAUGUGAUUGACUCCUCAUUCCGCCACGGAGUUAAGAAAUUUUUGUUUUUGGGAUCUUCAUGUAUUUACCCUAAGUUAGCACCGCAGCCCAUUCCUGAAAAUGCACUGCUUACUGGGCCUUUAGAGCCUACGAAUGAGUGGUACGCAAUUGCGAAGAUAGCUGGGAUUAAGAUGUGCCAGGCUUACAGGAUUCAAUAUAGCUGGGAUGCUAUUUCUGGAAUGCCGACCAACUUAUAUGGUCGGAAUGAUAAUUUUCAUCCGGAGAAUUCUCAUGUUUUGCCGGCAUUGAUGAGGAGGUUUCACGAGGCGAAGGUGAAUAAUGCGAAACAAGUGGUGGUCUGGGGAACUGGGAGUCCGUUGAGGGAGUUUUUGCAUGUUGAUGAUUUGGCGGAUGCGGUGGUGUUUUUGAUGGACAAGUAUAGUGGGUUGGAGCAUUUAAAUGUGGGCAGUGGGAAGGAGGUUACUAUAAAGGAUUUGGCAGAGUUGGUGAAGGAGGUUGUAGGGUUUGAAGGUGAUCUUGUUUGGGAUACAUCAAAGCCAGAUGGGACUCCGAGGAAGUUAAUGGAUAAUUCUAAGUUGUUGGGGUUGGGUUGGACACCGAAGAUUUCACUUAAGGAUGGGCUUGUUGAUACUUAUAAGUGGUAUGUGGAGAAUGUGGUGGGGCAAUGAUGCAGAUCACUGGCAUUAUGAAAUUCAUGCUCCUGUCCUCUGCUAUGUUGACUCUGAAGAAGAAUUGGGGCUUGUUUGAGGCAAUUUUGAGUUCAUGACUUUGAUACUGGUUCCCUUAAAACUAGGUUGAUUGUGAAUAGAAGGUUGCUUUUUCUGUGUUUCCUGUGGUACAUUAGCACUGAGUUAUGUUCUGAAGGUCUGGUGCUCUUAUACAACUCUUGCAUGAGUUCUUCUCUGCUUAGAUCAAUUUAUCAUAGAAAGUAAGGCAACAGAAGGAAAGACGGUUUCUUAACUACUAGUUACCACUUCUGAAGCAUGCUGUUAACUGAUCGGGAAAGGCUUAUCAAUUUGCAACGUCUGAGUGUUGUUGUUUCAAGACAGCUGGUCCACCGAAUUUUUUCGAACUCUAUAUUAACUUGUCUACAACUUAGGUGAUUUACUUCUAAUAUGAUAACCUAGCAUAUGUAUGCCCUUGUUCACUUGAUAUAUGCUUGGAACAUUUGAUUUUUAGAUAGAUGAUUGAGAACGGUAUGAUGCUGGAAAAAUAAUUGCGGUUUACAUGACAUGUAUUCCAUGAAGACAUAAUGAAGAUCCAGGACAAUUGACAGCUAAAAGUUUUAAUCCAAGGUGAGAAGGAGUUUGAUUUU